GCUGGCUUUGAACUCACAGUCCUCCUGCCUCAGUCUCCUGAGUUGCUGGGAUUACAGGUGUGUGACAUCGUGCCCGGCUAAAACAAGCAUCUUUUGAGCCUACAAAUUCAAGGUAUUUCCUUUGCCUUCCUAUGUUGAAAACGGCACCAUUCCCAACCCCAAUGUUUCUGGACCUCCUAUCUUCCUCCUUUGUCAUUUCUACUUAAUUUUGUGGAUCCACCUCUUCUAGAAGCUCUGGAGGGAACCAUGCAUGGGAUGUACAUUGUUUGUAAAUCUGCAGGGCUAUGAAGGUAAUUAGAAACAGACUCAGAGAAGUUAAGUAAGGUCUCCUGCUAGUAAAUGGACAUCAUGGUGAUAACAUCCUACAGCCCAAGAGAUCAGUAUGUUCAUUAAUAGAUUAUUUCCAUCAUAGGUAAUAGAGAAGAGGAAACCUAACCAAUGACUGUGGAAUAAUAUGGAAGAAGAUGAAAAAACCUUUUUUAAUGGGUUGAGAGGGUGGCGACUGCUCUAAGACAUGGAUAGAUGCAAACAUGUAGGACGGUUGCGGCUCGCCCAGGACCACUCCAUCCUGAACCCUCAGAAGUGGUGCUGCCUGGAGUGCGCCACCACCGAGUCGGUGUGGGCUUGCCUCAAGUGUUCCCACGUGGCCUGCGGCCGCUACAUUGAGGACCACGCACUGAAACACUUUGAAGACACUGGACACCCACUAGCCAUGGAAGUCCGGGAUCUCUACGUGUUCUGCUACUUGUGCAAGGACUAUGUGCUCAAUGAUAACCCGGAGGGGGACCUGAAGCUGCUGAGAAGCUCCCUCGUGGCGGUGCGGGGCCAGAAGCAGGACCAGCCAGUGAGACGUGGGCGGACACUGCGGUCCAUGGCUUCGGGCGAGGACGUGGUCCAGCCGCAGCGUGCUCCUCAGGGACAGCCGCAGAUGCUCACGGCUCUGUGGUACCGGCGCCAACGCUUGCUGGCCAAGACACUGAGGCUGUGGUUCGAGAAGAGCUCUCGGGGCCGGGCGAAACUGGAGCAGCGGCGGCAGGAGGAGGCGCUGGAGCUCAAGAAGGAAGCGGCGCGGCAAAGGCGGCGCGAGGUAAAGCGGCGGCUGCUGGAGGAGCUGGCCAGCGCCCCUCCGCGCAAGAGCGCGCGCCUGCUCCUGCACGCGCCCCGCCGCGCGGGCCCUUCCGCCGCGCGCUCGGCCGCGCUCUCCGCCUCCCGCCAGAUGCCGGGCGCUUCUGCGCUCAAGCCGCGCCGCCAGCCGGCGGUGGCCCCCGGCGUGACGGGCCUGCGCAACCUGGGCAACACCUGCUACAUGAACUCCAUCCUCCAGGUGCUCAGCCACCUGCAGAAGUUCCGAGAGUGUUUCCUGAACCUUGACCCAUCCACCACAGAGCACCUGUUUCCCCAAGCCACGAACGGCAAGGCUCCGCUCUCUGGCAGGCCGGCCAGCAGCUCUGCCACCGAGUUGUCGGCGAGGAGCGACCGAGCCCAGGCGUGCGAGCGGGAAGGCCUCUGCUGGAACGGUGGGGCCUCCAUCAGCAGAAGCAUGGAGCUCAUCCAGAACAAGGAGCCCAGCUCGAAGCACAUUUCCCUUUGCCACGAACUGCACACCCUCUUCCGAGUCAUGUGGUCCGGGAAGUGGGCCCUAGUGUCACCCUUUGCCAUGCUUCACUCCGUGUGGAGCCUGAUCCCCGCCUUCCGCGGCUACGACCAGCAGGACGCGCAGGAAUUUCUCUGCGAGCUGCUGCACAAAGUACAGCAGGAACUCGAGUCAGAGGGCACCACGCGCCGGAUCCUCAUCCCCUUCUCCCAGAGGAAGCUCACCAAACAGGUCUUAAAAGUGGUUAACACCAUAUUUCACGGUCAGCUGCUCAGUCAGGUCACAUGUAUAUCUUGCAAUUACAAAUCAAAUACUAUUGAACCCUUUUGGGAUCUGUCCCUGGAAUUCCCUGAACGCUAUCAUUGCAUAGAAAAGGGGUUUGUUCCUUUGAAUCAGACAGAGUGCCUGCUUACUGAGAUGCUGGCCAAGUUCACUGAGACAGAGGCCCUGGAAGGGAGAAUCUACGCUUGUGACCAGUGUAACAGCAAACGACGCAAGUCCAACCCCAAACCCCUUGUUCUGAGUGAAGCUAGAAAGCAGUUAAUGAUCUACAGACUACCUCAGGUCCUCCGGCUGCACCUUAAAAGAUUCAGGUGGUCUGGCCGUAACCAUCGAGAGAAGAUUGGGGUCCAUGUCGUCUUUGACCAGGUAUUAACCAUGGAACCUUACUGCUGCAGGGACAUGCUCUCCUCUCUUGACAAAGAGACCUUUGCCUAUGAUCUCUCCGCAGUGGUCAUGCAUCACGGGAAAGGGUUUGGCUCAGGACACUACACAGCCUAUUGCUACAACACAGAGGGAGGUUUUUGGGUCCACUGCAAUGACUCAAAGCUGAAUGUAUGCAGUGUCGAGGAAGUGUGCAAAACCCAGGCCUACAUUCUUUUUUACACUCAAAGAACAGUGCAGGGCAAUGCAAGAAUCUCAGAAACACAACUCCAAGCUCAGGUGCAGUCCAACAACAAGGAUGAAGGCAGACCACAGAUAUUCCCUUGAUUGAGAGGCAUGGAUAAAGACUGCUUUGAUUUUAAUCCAUUGGUGUCCACACAUCUUUCCCCUCAUAGGAAAUAAGGCUACUGCAGGAACAGAUUACUAGGUUUGCCUCACUGGGGCUACAGCGGAAGAUGCCAGGUGAUUCAUGUUCUGUCAUAAUGUUUGUAGUCACUUUCUUUUGAAUGCAUUUAGAAAUCCCCUCCUUUCAUAAAACAAAAGGAGUAACUUCUAUGAAGAUUCUUUCAUCAGUUGCUUCUGAAUAUAGAGGGAUCUGAGUUGAGGAAAGGAGGGGGUGGGGAUUGAUCAUCCAGCCAGGAGAACAGCUGUGUCUUUGGUCCCAUUAGGUGAGUCCUCUACUAACCAGGGCCUCUUAGCAGCACCAGAACAUUCCCAAGGUGAGCAACUCUGAACAGAGCACAUGAAGAGGGCUCCUGGGCUGGCAGCUUUUGGAUGGGAUUGGUUCUGACGUGGGAGGUAAAGUCCACAAGGGAAGUAACCUUCAAGAGUUAAAACUCGGAAACUUCCUUUUUCAGGGGAUAGCAGCUGAAGAGUGGAAUGACACAUGGUGUGUUCACGUGUCAUACCCUCCCCGGCUGCUGCUGCUGUUUAAUCACUCUAUACUUCUGGGACUGGCAUGAACACCCCUUCCUUUAAAAAAAGGGACAGUUGACAUGAAGCAGUGGACCAGUACAUGUUCUCUGCUGCAUGCUGAGCCAAGGGGCUCUCCUGGCUAUCCCAGGUCUGUAGCAGUUCCUUGGUUCAGGUCUAGGGCAAGCUUAUGGUUCAGUUUAAAUUGGUUAGGAGGUCAGUUGUCUCAGGCUUUCUCCGAAUGCAGUAAGGGCGGGCAGGGCUUAUCUGAAUGGCUGCUGCCCUUUCUUACCUUGGUGUAGCACUUGGCUUCUUUACCUGCAGAUUCUUUGUUACGCCUGGAGAGGUAGAAUAUUGGUGUUUGUAAGGCUUGGGAGCUUUUGCUUUCCCUAGGGUGGGGGAAUUACUUAGGAAUCCACUGUGUGUGUCCAGUUUAUUGCAAUGGCCCUGGCCUGUUUCCUUCUCAUCUGCUACUCCCUAUUGUUGCUUUAGCUACCUAUCCUCGGUCCAUCAGAGAAAAAAUCAAAAGUGCCCUCUCCUUUAUUCCAGUACUAGUAAAAUAUAUUUUUCUUUUAAAA